AUGCAACUUAGAGGGGUCUGUCUCUAUCUUCUCUGCAUCUUCUGGUGAGGUCGCUGAGGACAACGAGGUCCCCACAAAGGGGACUCCUUCCAAGGUACCACAGCCCCGUCUCUCAGCCUCCUGCAGUACCCGAGGCGACUUCCCUCGUACUUGGGGGCGGGGGGCAGGUGCUCACAGCACUCGAUGGGGUCCUGCAAGUUUGUGACAGGGGAAGAGACAGAGGGGAAGGCGGGUGGCCAGCCACGCUCCUCCCGAGUCAGUUUUGAGGGGAGCUCCCCCCUAUCAGCCCUUGCCCGCCUCUAAGAUGGCCGCCCAUCCCCGCGCCCGCCUCCAAGAUGGCGGCACCGCCCUUUUCCCUCCCGCCGCGUCUCCCUCCUCCCCCAUCACCCCGGCCACGCGCGCGGGCUUCUGACCUCACUUCCCCUUGUGCAGCAGCCAUUUUGUCUUUCCGCCGCCGCCGCUGCCCGCGCUUCUCCCUCCCUCCCGCCGCCGCGGGCCGCGCAACUCCAGUUCCCCCCCGGGGCCCCGCCGCAUGCGCCCGGCCCCGCGGGGACGCGCCGCGGCCUGGCGCCGGGGUCUCCGCGCUCCGCCAUGUCGAGCGAGGAGAGCUACCUGGCUAUCCUGCGCUACCUCACCAACGAGCGGGAGCCCUACGCGCCGGGCACGGAGGGCAACGCCAAGAGGAAGAUCCGCAAGGCGGCCGCCUGCUACGUGGUGCGCGGCGGCACCCUCUACUACCAGCGGCGGCAGCGGGACCAGCAGCGCUUCGCCGAGCUGGAGGUGGUGCUGCAGGCCGAGCGCCGCGCACGCCUCAUCCGCGCCGCGCACCUGGCGCCCGACGGCGCGCACCGCACCCGGCUGCAGACCUGGCAGGGCCUCUCGCAGAAGUACUGGUGGAGAGGUAUUCUUAAGCAGGUUAAAGAUUACAUUAAAGAAUGCAGCAAGUGCCAGGAAAAGCUAGAUCGCUCUAGAUCUCUGUCGGAUCCUUCUGAAAUGCUGGAGGAACUUGGACUGGAUACAAAAUCUCAUGAAGAUAGUAAUGAAACAGAUGAUGAAUCGAGUAAUGCGGCAUCGAUCCCAGCUGCAUCCCCAAAGCCUGUGAAGAAGAAGCCAAUAGCAAAGCAUGAGCUUGUAUUUGUUGACAGUAAGGGCCUUGUGAAGCAGUCAUCUUCCAAACAUUGUCUGUCAGUCUUAAACCAACUGAAUCAGCAGAGGCUUUCCAAUCAGUUCUGUGAUGUGACUCUGCUGAUUGAAGGAGAGGAGUACAAAGCUCACAAAUCUGUCUUGGCAGCCAACAGCGAGUACUUCCGAGAGCUCUUCAUUGAAAAGGGAGCUGUCACUAGUCAUGAAGCUGUAGUGGAUCUGUCAGGGUUUUGCAAGUCAAGUUUCCUCCCGCUCUUGGAAUUUGCUUAUACUUCAGAAUUAACUUUUGACUUCUGUAGUAUGGCGGAAGUGGCCAUGCUUGCCCGGCAUCUCUUCAUGUCAGAGGUUCUUGAAAUCUGUGAAAACGUGCACAAACAGAUGGAAGAGAAACAAAUUACAGUGUACCAAAAGGGAGAUAUUCAAACAGUAGAGUCAACACAAAGUUUAGCAGAGCAGAUUGGAGUUGAGAUGCCGCUCCUGCAUGGUGCUGAGCAGCCUCUACCGGCAGAGCUGGCAGCCCAUGAAGUGACAGCAGUUGUGAAUGGAGCUCCUUCCUCUGCUGGGCCAGAGGAGGCAGCAGCACCCCAGCCUCACCUCCUGCCCCCAGAGCCAGCAGAGGCCACUCCUGAUGAUCUUGCAAAGCCUUUGGAGCAGUGUGAAACAACUGAAAAUUUUAUCAAAAUAGAGCUGGUGGAGAACAUUUCAAACAGCACUGUGUCUGUCAGACAGGCUGAGCCAUCAGUUGUGGAAGCCAUGGACACAGACGGUCAAAUGGAAAUGGAUCUAAAUGAAAGCUGUAAAGCAAAUGUAGAGACUGCUUCUGAAGACUCCUCGGAAAUGCUCAGGCAAAAACAUGGCAGGCAAAGUAAAGAAGAGAGCAUUUUGGCUUCACAACCAGAAAGCAUGGCUUCCAGCCAGGAUGAUACUUAUAAAAGCAAGCUUCGCCAGCGUUCUGUUAGUGAAGGUGGAUAUAUCAGAUUGCAUAAAGGAAUCGAAAAAAAACUGCAAAACAGAAAGACAAAUCCAAAAUCUGCAAUACAGCAGGUUGCCAUGAAGCUGGUACAGAGAGGGAAAAAAAUGAAACAGCCCAAAAGAGAGACCACAGAAAAUAAUGAAGUAGAAGCUCAGCACAAAUGCACGGAGUGUGGAAUGGUGUUCCAGCGGCGCUAUGCGCUUAUAAUGCACACACUAAAACAUGAAAGAUCUAAAGAUUAUAAAUGCCCAUUGUGUAAAAAAGAAUUCCAGUAUGGUGCCUCCCUACGAGCUCAUCUUGUCCGACACACACGGAAGACUGAAGUGAACACUGCAGCUUCUAGCGUAGAAGAGACAGGCAUGUCUUCAGUGAAAGGGAGAACUAAACGGGAAUUUGUAUGUGAUAUAUGUGGCAGAACUCUACCUAAGCUCUAUUCUCUCAGGAUACAUAUGCUCAAACAUACAGGUGUAAAACCACAUGCAUGCAAGGUUUGUGGAAAGACCUUUACAUAUAAGCAUGGAUUAAAAAUGCACUUAGCUCUCCAUGAAGUACAGAAACAGUUCCAGUGUGACUUGUGUGAGAAGUCCUUUGUCACUAAAAGAAGUCUUCAGGAACAUAUGAGCAUUCAUACUGGAGAAUCCAAGUACCUUUGCUCCAUCUGUGGAAAGUCUUUCCACAGGGCAUCAGGACUCAGUAAACACAUAAAGAAACACCAGCCAAAGCCUGAAGUUCGUGGAUAUCAGUGUACUCAGUGUGAAAAGAGUUUCUAUGAAGCUCGAGAUCUCCGACAGCAUAUGAAUAAACACUUAGGUGUGAAGCCAUUUCAGUGCCAGUUCUGUGGAAAAUGUUAUAGUUGGAAGAAAGACUGGUAUUCUCAUGUAAAGUCUCACUCUGUCACAGACCCUUAUAGGUGUAAUAUAUGUGGUAAAGAAUUUUAUGAGAAAGCCUUGUACAGAAGGCAUGUAAAGAAAGCCACACAUGGUAAAAAAGGAAGAGCAAAACAAAAUCUGGAACGAGUUUGUGAGCAUUGCGGAAGAAAAUUCACGCAGCUCCGGGAAUAUAGGAGACACAUGAACAAUCAUGAAGGUGUGAAGCCAUUUGAAUGUCUAACUUGUGGAGUAGCCUGGGCUGACGCGCGUUCCCUGAAGCGUCACGUAAGGACGCAUACUGGAGAACGGCCGUAUGUCUGCCCAGUCUGCAACGAGGCUUACAUAGACGCCCGGACGCUGCGGAAGCACAUGACCAAGUUUCACAGAGACUAUGUUCCCUGUAAAAUUAUGCUGGAAAAAGAUACUCUUCAGUUUCAUAACCAGGGGACACAAGUGGAGCAUGCCAUCAGCAUUUUAGCAGCAGACAUGCAGGAACAAGAAACUGAAAUUAGCGUUGGUGGUGAGGAGAUUGAGACUGUGGUAGUGACAGGAGACACACUUGAAGCGAUUGAAGCGGUUGCAGCUACUGAAGAAUGUACAUCAGUCUCCACUCUUUCUGACCAAAGCAUCAUGCAGGUGGUAAAUUACGUACUGGCACAACAGCAAGGACAGAAAAUAGCAGAAGUCACACAGGCCAUGGAAACUGUAGAGGUAGAAGUAGCCCACGUUGCAGAGACAGAGUGAACACAGCACAUAAGAAAGAGCAAGGAGACUGAGGUCUUACGAUAUGUGAUAGCUAAAUAUUAACUGGAUAUCUGAGGCUUACAGAUACCUACUCACACCAUUAAUCUCCAGUACUGAAUCUCUUGGUUAUGAAAUAUUGCACGACGCAUUACAGGGCAAAAGUUAAGAUGCUUCAGUGUAGUCCAAGGCUUUGACGGCUAAGAUAUCUGCACUGGUCAUAACUAUUUAAAAAAACUGUUGGGAUAAUAAUGUUUCCUGUGUCAUGGAGUAUCAUGCUGUAAAUUAAAAAAUCUAUAAAGUGGCUGCACUAAAAUCUAGAAAUGUACAAUUGGUAGCAUUUUUUACUCAUUUUUACAUUUCAUCAAGUUUGUGAGUGAAUGACCAACAUAGGCUUUCAUCUCUUUACUCCCUAAAACAAGGGAAUGGUGGAGUGUUUCAUGCAGUGCGUGCUUUACGUGACAAAAUCUGAGGCUUUUGUCUUUAGGCAGGUGCACCAUCUGCAAUUAGUGAAUCCUAGUUUUGAAGAACUUGUUUAAAUUCCAGAUCACUGGGGGCAGGUCCAUGGUUCAGCAAAACAAUGAGGGAAGGGGUUCCAGAAGUCUGAGGAUGUCGUACCCUGAGAUCAGGAACUGAAGUUCUCUAGAGGAUAUCCUAGUGAAGGGAGACAACUUUUGUAAGUAAACUGUUUAUUUGUGAGAGGAGCUUACACUUCAUCCUCCAUGCACAGCUAUGUUUAGGUUAAUGGUGGUCAGUUGUGUAAAGGAACCUACUGUCUAUGUUAUACAUAUCCAAAGCAGGCAACCUAAUGCUGGAUGCUUAUAUUUUAGAAUUAAAUGUGAUGCAGAAACUUUUAAUUGAAGGAGUAUAAUGGCAUGUUUUUGUGAGAAGAGGCAUAAAAGUGUGCUCAAGUCCCACCAGUUAGGAACUGAUCUUGUAUUAUAUCAUUGAAGGGAGGAGCUCUAGUAAUUCCCAAAUGGGGGACAGCCAUGUCAGAGGAAAGAACUAUGAAAGUCUUAGCAUCAGGUAAGAAUUUGUCUCAAAAUUACAAGAGUCUCCAGAUGACCUUAUUACAGAUGCUCUAACAAAUACUUCUAAGGCAAGCUAAUAACUCAGUGUUGUAUCACAUUGAUGGAAAAAAUCCUUACUAGAUUUUCCUGCUAGUAAGCAUGAAUCACAGCCAUGCUUGACCAAGCUGAUUUAAUACUAUGUACAGUGCACAUGUCAAGGUGUGGGUCCUUUAAUUGUUGUUGGUUUUUUAAUUGCUUUUUUUUUAAAUAAGUGUUGCUCAGGAGAUCAUGGAACGUGCUAGACACAUGAAUAACCAGAAGUGUAUUCUUUUAAAUUAUUCUCAGUCUUUAUAGCAUUAUCAAAUACUUUCCAACUUUGACAACAGCAGGGUAUCCAAGGAGCCAGAAGGGCUGGGGGGGUCACUAAAAUCGUAUGCAUAUAAUGCUAUAACCCAUGAAACUGAUUCACUAAGCAAAAUUUAAGCAAAAUCCAUGAUGAAGUAACCACCUCCUUUGAAUCUGCCUUCCAUCAUAUUUAACUAUUUGAGUAUCUGCCUACUAAGCUACAGAAUGAAUUGUUCUUUUUAUAUUUUGCAAACCUGUAGAUAAGCAGUUGUUGAAAUUUUAAGGUAGCUUGAGUUCCUGCCUCAGAUUUGAAUUAAUCUGUGGAUGACUACUUCAAAAGUGAAUGUUGUCCUGCACAGAAGUCAUGUCAUUAUUUAUACAUCCUGCAGCCCUUUACAACUGUGUUCUUUUCUAGUUACCCGACUGAGUAAAGCUAAAAUGAAUACUUGAAGAAGAAAAGAAACACAAACUGCUAGCUAUAACUUCUGAAUUUUUGUAUGGUCAAGAAUCUUGAGAUAGCCAUCCUGCUUAAAAUGAAAAAAAAAAAAAAAAAAACACAUAAGUAAAGUAACUGUUCUUACUGCCACUAUGAUGGAAAAAGAUUUAAUAGACUGCUAGAUAAUCUUUAAAACUUAUUCCAGUGUUUGUAUCUUACAAAUAAUUAUGUAUUAAGUGAUGAAAUUGCAAGGGAAAACAGCUGUAAAUAGUGCUAGAACAUUAUUUGUAUAUUUAGUGUGUUACCUUAAAAAGAAUAUUAUUAGCACCUCAGUUUAAUCUUUGGUGCAUUUAUUUAUUUGCCCAAUACAUGGUAGGAAACAGAAGUGAAAAUGAAUUUCAGAGCCUUGUUCCCCACUGUAGAAAUACUUCAACUGACUUGAUAGCCUGCCAUUUAAAAACAAUAACAGUUUGUUUCAUAAACAGAACUCAACCAGGAAUAUCAAAGCUGAACACUGAAUACUGUGCCUCAUCUUUCAGAAGGGCAUGAGGUUAGUAGGGAGUAUUGUUGUUAGCUUUGCUGUUCCUGUAUUUCUGAGGUUGCCUUAUGUUUUUCCUUAGAUAUCCUAAGCUAUUAAUUUAAGAUGCUUACUAUGCUUCCGCAACCUCUUUAAUGUCAGACUGCAAAUAUGCAGUUUAUAUUUAAUUUCAUUUUUUUAAAUAAAGUUCAUGAGACCUGUCCAUUUAUAAAGUAUAGUGAUGAACUCUUGUAUAUAAUUUGAUCUGUACAUUAUGCUGUUUUUAUUUAGUGUUAGAUGUAUAAAGUUAUGGUUUCUGUCAUUAAAUAAACUAAGCUUUGCCAUGAA